AUGUCCAUGUGCAUCGCGGUGGUGCAGAGUAUUGCCGGCACACUCAACGGAUGGGGCGAGGUUGCGAGAUGGGAGCUGCGAGAACCUGGAUCCCGAACCCUGACGUCAAUCGGAGGCUUCGGGAUCCCCACCCACGGCCAGACGGCGGGCGGAUCCCCUCGUGCCUUUUCUGCCGCCUGCGCGCACUAA